AUGGUGAAGCUAGGUAAAAAGUCCAAGCGGACGCCCGUACGGCUCCGGCACAAGAUUGAAAAGGCGGCCAGGGCCAAACAAAGGAAAUUGAGGAAGCUGGCAAAAAAGGACCCUACAUGGCGCUCCAAGAUUAAGAAGGACCCCGGCAUCCCGAACCUGUUCCCUCUCAAAGAUAAGAUUCUCCAUGAAAUCGAGGAGAAGAAACGGCUGAGGCAGGAGGAGUUACAGCGCGCUCGGGAGGAAGCGCGCGCACGCCGCAAAGCCGAGAAGCAGGCUGCACAGAACGAGAAUGCGGAGGAGGACAAGGACGAAGAUAUCGUUGAAGAUGAUGAGGCGCUAUCGGGCGAGGAAAUGGAUGAAGAUGUCGACGAGUCGAAUCCAAUGGCCGCACUGCUCGCAUCGGCAAGGGCUAGAGCGGCAGAGUACGAGAGGGAACACGGAGAUAGCGACGAGGACGAUGAGAUGGACGAAGAUGACGACGAUGAUGAUGACGAUGACGAUGAGAUGGAUGAGGAUGACGAGAAUGGAGGAACGUUGUUGAAGGAGAGCGACAUUCCCACGCUGUCGUCGCAAUUGGCUUCGAAGGAGAAUUCCAGAAAAGCCUACGACAAGGUGUUCAAGCAGGUCGCCGAGGCGGCGGACGUGAUACUCUAUGUCCUUGAUGCUCGAGAUCCCGAAGGCACGCGAUCGAGAGAAGUGGAACGGGAGAUCAUGGCCGCGGACGGCGGCUCGAAACGACUCAUUCUGAUCCUCAACAAGAUUGACCUGGUGCCUCCGCCGGUCCUGAAGGGGUGGUUGGUUCAUCUUCGACGAUAUUUCCCCACGCUCCCCCUGAAGGCAUCCAACGGCGCUCCAAACGCACACAGCUUCGACCACAAGCAUCUGACCGUCAAGGGGACGUCUGAGACGCUGUUCAAGGCGCUCAAGUCGUACGCGCAGAGCUCGCAGCUGAAACGGGCCAUCUCCGUCGGUGUCAUCGGCUAUCCUAAUGUGGGUAAAUCGUCGGUCAUCAACGCGCUCAUGGCCCGCCUCAACCGGGGCUCCAGCAACGCCUGCCCGACGGGCGCCGAAGCGGGCGUCACCACCAGCCUGAGGGAAGUCAAGCUGGAUAGCAAGCUCAAGCUGAUCGACUCGCCUGGAAUUGUCUUCCCGAACGCGGAGAAGAGCGGCAAGAAGUCGAAGAAAGAUAACGAGGAGGCGAGACUUGUGCUGCUCAACGCCGUCCCACCGAAACAAAUCACCGACCCCAUCCCCGCCGUCAACCUCCUGCUCAAGCGCCUCUCCACCUCCGAGACUCUCUUCCAGAAGAUGCUAGACGUCUACGGCAUCCCUCCCCUGUUCCCGACCGGCGGCGACAAGACGACCGAUUUCCUGAUCCAGGUGGCACGGAAGCGUGGCCGGCUGGGCAAGGGCGGCGUGCCCAACAUCAACAGCGCAGCCAUGACGGUGAUCACGGACUGGCGCGAUGGCAGGAUCCAGGGAUGGGUCACCCCGCCUUCUCAACCGGCAGCAACAACGACAAAUCCAGGAUCUGGGUCUGGAUCUGCAUCUGCAUCCGCAGCCGGAACCGGUGUCGACCAAAAAGAAAUCGUCACGGAAUGGGCCAAGGAGUUCAAGAUCGAAGGGCUCUGGGGUGACGGCGAGGGCGAGGGCGAGGGCGAGACCCAUGACGAGGAAAUGGCCGAGUAG